AUGGCGCGCUUCGUACUAGGUUUAGUCCUUUGUCAAAUUUUAACCCUUCCGGUACUAACGCAAAAUAACGAUAAUGACCCCAUUAUGGACUUAGCGGGAUCUUUCAUACAGAAUGUUGUUGGGAACUUUGUACAAGGGGAUGGAGCUAAGAAUGUCGGAUCACUCUUCGGACAAGAAAACCUAGGAGCCGCCGAUGUUUUGUCAGGCUUGGGCAGUUUAUUGGGCGGUGAGGAUGGGAAAGUCGAUCCGUCACUGGUGGGGUCAAUGGUGACCAUGUUUGCUCAACAAAUGGUUUCGAAAAACCAAAACCAGAAACAGAAACAAAAAAGAGAUACGGAAUCAACUGAUGUCAACAUGGACAGUCUUUUAAGCUUGGGCAGCUUAUUAGGCGGUAAGGAUGGAAAAAUCGACCCAUCACUGGUCGGUUCGAUGGUUUCCAUGUUUGCUCAGCAAAUGGUUUCGAAAAACCAAAACCAAAAUCAGAGACAAAAAAGAGAUACGGAAUCAAACGAUUUCAACAUGGACAGUCUUUUAAGUAUGGCCUCAGGUUUCUUGGAAAAUAAAAAUACAGCCAGUAUUUUGCCUUUAGUCAUGAAUACUAUUAGCGCGUUCUCUGAAGACGAAACAAACAAACGAUCAAACAGUCACAAAGACCAUUCGUCUUUCCUUCCACCGUUCUUGGAAAAGGCGCAUCUCUACUGGGAUAUAUUCAUCAAUUCCGAAUUGGGUAAAACUGUUUGGGAGAAAUCUGGAUUGAAACGUGCCACGAAAUCUUUCAUCGGUCCAGAUGGGAACAUCAGUUUUGAACAGAUGUUCAAGAGUUUUGAGAACCACUCAUUUAGAAGACACUGGAUCAAAGCUGUAGCGAAAUAUUUAACGGACAUGGUGGUACAUGUUGCUAAACCUGAAGUUUAUCAAAGGUAUUUAUCUUCGGCUCAGUAUAUAAUAAAUGGCUUCCUAGACUCGCAAGGACUUCCCAAAAACAUCCACUUUGAUAUGAAAAAGCCUGAAAAAUCAAUCACUAAGUUAGCGAAUUACGCUUCGAGGAAAUUCUUCGAUAUGGAUACUGAUGUCUCCGAAUAUGUCAAUCCGGCGAUUGAAUAUAUGAAGCAAACUCUAAAAAUGGCGAAGGCAGCAUCCCAAAACUUAGCGUCCCGCUCCGACUACACCGCAGUAGCGGACAGACUGACCGACACACUGAACUUGGAGGUGAUCGAGCCGGUCCUACGCGUGUACCGCGCGUACAAACACUCGCUACAGAACCCGCAAUGUCAGGAACAUCUCAUGUGUCUGGUCAAUAGGCACCAUGAUAGCGAUAAACAAGGUCUUCCCGGCUUUAAAGCAGGACUCACAAAGCUAAGCAGUCUGGCCGCGUCCGCCGCACUCAGCUACCAACACGGGAAGGGCUUCUGGGAUCUGUACAACGCUAUACAGAGCGAUGUCAAUUGUGAUGCUAAAUACCCGGCUGACUGCGCUUUAUUCCACGAACACGAACUAAAAGUUACUACAGAAGUAUACCACAGUGAAUUA